AUGACAUUGCUCAACCUCCGGGGUCUGUAUUCUUCCAGACAAAGCUGCCAUAAAGCGGAUCCGCCUCAUCGAAACUCGAACCCAGCCUCUUUGGGCCCCAUGUUACCGGUAAAAGCCGAUGAACAGGAUGAGACUCCAGCUGAGGACGAUAUCGGGUCCACCUGGCCAAUCAUCAUUUUCAGCUCCAUCAUAGCUACCGGGGGCCUGAUCUUUGGAUACGACAUCGGGACUAUUGGAGGUAUGAUCGACAUGCCCGCCUUCGUCAAUACUUUUGGCGACCGCCAAACUGGCGGCCAAAUCGCGUUCCACAGCAUCACGAAGGGAGCCUUGAUCGGUAUUUCCAGUCUGGGCGGGUUCGUUGGUGGCAUCCUUAGCAUUUCAUUAAUUACGCCAUUUGGGCUUAGGGCAACAAUAUUCUCAGCAGGCGUCAUCUACGCUGUGGGAAACCUGGUGACAGUUACCGCAUUCGUGUGGAUCCAGGUGAUGUUUGGCCGGGCUUUGAACGGAAUGGCCAACGGCAUUAUUUGCGUGACCUGUCCCAUGUUGAUCAGUGAACUGGCGCCUGCCAGUAUGCGAGGUGGAAUGAUAUGCAUUCAGCAACUGCUCACCACCGUUGGGAUUCAGCUUGGAGCCGUCACCAUGUAUUUCUGUCAGUCGCUCUUCGAGAAUACCAGCACGUUGCAAUAUAAAGUGCCCCUGAUCCAAGGGCUUUUCUGGGCGGUAGCAGUCUGUGUUCUCAUUUGGUUUGUACCCGAAUCCCCAUACUGGUAUCUUACAAACCGCAAUUUGGUGGAAAAAUCCAAAUUGUCGGUAGCUCGUGCACGAUCUUUAGGAGUGAACGACCCAGGAGUGCUGCGGAUAGUCGCUCUCAUGUUCAACAACCACAGCUGCGAGGACGACGACGCAAAUCUCAAGGAAAAGAACUCGAUCAGAAAAGGAGAGCCCAAGUACCUGCUACGCACGCUGACCGGUAUCAGUGUGCUCUGCUGCCAGCAGCUGACAGGCAUCAACUAUUUCUUUUUCUUUGGCACCACGAUCUUCGCUACAAUUGGCCUCACAAACCCAUACCUGGUGCCAGUCUUCUUCGGGUUUGUGAAUCUGGUAUUUUCAGUGGUGUCCCUGUUCAUCGUCGAUCGCUACAAGCGGACCAGCUUACUAAUGACAGGGUCUGCGCUACUCGCCUGUUUCAUGCUGCUAUUCACCAUAGUAAGCAUGUUGUCGAAAAUCAACAUGAACGUCGCCAUGGGCGUCGUUAUGGUGUCGCUUUCAUGUGGAUUUAUAGGAGUUUUCGCUACUACAUGGGGUCCGUUGAGCGGAGUGGUGGUUUCAGAGCUCUAUCCGAUAUCCAUCAAAGUGAAGGCUAUGUCCAUUUGCGGAUCGAUGAGCUGGCUAGUGACGUUCGUCAUGACACUGGUUACGCCGCCUCUUACAGAGGUCUUCGGCUUUGGUAUCGGAUUCGUGUUCUUCUUUUUCAACGUCACCGGGCUUGCAUUGGUGUACAGCCUGGUCCCGGAGACUAAAGGUCUGCCGAUCGAACGGCUGGACGAAAUAUACGAACAGCAGUGA